AUGUCUUCUUCCCCAACUCAGGAGCCCGCUGGCUUCAAGAAGGUGGCUUCGACUCUUCCCUUUGGUCAGCUCGUCACUCUGUCAUCCAUAUCUGGUCCUACCUAUGUGACGGCCCAGCUGCUGGUUCAGCAGAUUGCCUACACCCUUUCCGACAAGAUCUUCGCCUACUCCCCCGACACUUUCGACCUCGACGUCGCCCUCAAGGCCUGGGCUGCUAACAGUGACAAGAACGUCCACGACUACGCCCCCAAGGUCCUGCCUCUGCAGACACGUACCGGCGCCGGUUCAGUCGCUCUGGGCUACAUCUUCUCUCCCGACUUCGAUGUUUCAAAGCGCCACAUCCCCCAGACCCUCGUCGGUGCCUCGGGCAGCCUGCGCCAGCUCCGUAGCAGUCUCGACCAGCUCUCUCUUCUAUACGAUGUCUCGAGCCCCUUUGUCGCCCACAUCGCUGCCGUCGACUUCUCUGCUGAGAACGGCUUGGUUUCCGACUACGACACCCCCCUGAGGAUUGCCGAAGACCUCGGCCUCGGUCUUGUUUCCAGCUCUUCUACGUAUGAGGCCCAGCACAUGUCUAUCUUCUCGACCCUCCUGGCCACUCUCAUCCCCACUCUUCACGUCUACGAUGGCAUCCGUGUUGCUAGGGAGACUCUGCGUGUGGUUGAUGCCCUUAGUGAGGCUGGCGUCGCUGAUCUGUACCGAAAGCUCUCCGCUGAGGUUGGCAAGCUGAACAAGCACCUCGACACCGCCGGCAAGGUUAUUGAGCUGCUCAAGCUCUUCAACGACGAGCUUGGUACCGUCUAUGAACCCUUUGAGUACCACGGCCACGAGACUCCUGACAUCGUCCUCGUCACCUUUGGCAGUGUCGAGUCCCAGACUGCCAAGCAGGUCCUGACCAAGAUCGCCGCUGAUGGCGGCAAGGCUGGUGUUGUCAACGUCCGCGUCUACCGUCCCUUCCUUGAGGAGGAGUUUCUCAAGGCCAUCCCAGCCUCGACCCGCACCAUUGCUGUUCUCGGCCAGGUACAGGACAAUGCUGCGGUUGACGAUGAAGCCGUCCAGUCUGCUCUGUACGCCGACGUUCUGACCGCCGUUGCCUUCUCUGACAAGUUCGCCGACCAGCCCGACACGCUCGACGUCAAGUACACCCCUUUCCAGCAAAUCACACCCCAGGGUAUUGUCGAGACACUUCACAAGAUUUUUGGCAACGGCCCCGAGGCCAAGGCCUUCCCCUCGCUGAUCCAGGCCGAGCAGUACGUCUUCUGGGAUGUCGAUGACUCCCCCAAUGUCAGCUCUCCUAGCAUCAUUGGCAGCAUCUUGUCCCAGGAGUCCAAGACAAAUGUCUACGUCCACGAGUCCUAUGAUAACCUGACGCAGGGUGGUAUCUUCCGAGCCGACCUGCGCUCGUCCAAGAAGGCCCUUGAGGCCCCCUACACUGCUGAUGAAGUUGACGUCGUUGUUGUCGGCGAUGAGCGUCUACUCAUAUCUAUCGAUGUCACCAAGAACCUCGGCCAGCAGGGAAAGAUCCUAGUCAAGCUAGCCAACUUCAAAGAGGAUGAGGUAGAGAAGCGCCUCCCGACUACGUUUCGAAAAGCUCUCCAGGAGAAGUCGGCUGAGCUGUAUAUCCUGGAUGUGUCACUCUCGCCCGCCUUUGAGAAGCCUCCCGCCUCCAAGCUGCUUCUGGAGCUUGCUUUCCUACAGGUUGCCAAGUCCGAGGUCAGCCCUAACGACGUGAGCAAGCUCAGCUUGGUAGAGGGCCACCCUCCUACCCUUGAGGAAUGCGUCGAUGCCGUCGGCAAGUGCCUGCGCAAGGUCGAAGUCCCCGCCACUUGGGCCGAGGUGAAUGCCGACUACGUCGACCCUCAGCUGCCCGCCACCAUCCAGCCCAACGGCUUCGUCUCUUUCGACAAGGAGGAGACCGAGGAGGUCCUGGAACUCCGCGACUGGCAGGCCGCUGCCCUGGGUCUGGCCUUCAAGGAGGCGUACAGCACCGAAACCGCCUUGCGACCUGACCUCCCCGUCAAGACCUCGACCAUCCGCGUCAAGGAGAACAGGCGCCUUACUCCCCCUGACUAUGACCGUAACAUCUUCCACAUCGAGUUCGACCUCGGCGACUCUGGCCUCACCUACAAGAUUGGUGAGGCUCUUGGCAUCCACGCCGAGAACGAUGAGGAGCAGGUUAACACCUUCAUUAACAUCUAUGGCCUCAACCCCGACCAGCUGGUCCAGGUUCCCGCCCGUGAGGACCCCAAUGCCUUCGAGGUGCGCACUGUGUUCCAAGCUCUCCGUCAGAACCUCGACAUUGUGGGCAAGCCCCCAAAGAGGUUCUACGAGGCUCUUGCCGAGUUUGCCACGGACGAGGCCCAGAAGAAGAAGUUGGAGCAGCUGGGUGGUACGGAGGGCGCCGAGGACUUCAAGAAGCGCAGCGAGGUCGACACGCUCACGUACGUUGACAUCUUCGAGGAGUUCACGUCGGCGCGCCCGGCCUUCCACGACCUGGCCAAGAUUAUCGCUCCUCUGAAGCGCCGUGAGUACUCGAUUGCUUCGGCCCAGGCCGUGACCCCCAACGCCGUGUCUCUCAUGAUUGUCGUGGUCGACUGGGUCGACAGCAAGGGCCGCACCCGUUACGGCCAUGCCAGUCACUACCUCAGCCAGCUGACGCCUGGCACCACCGUCACGGCCUCGGUCAAACCUUCGGUCAUGAAGCUGCCCGUCAAGGACACUGCCCCUCUCAUCUUGGCCGGUCUAGGUACCGGUCUCGCCCCCUUCCGCGCCUUUGUCCAGUACCGCGCCAUGCAGAAGGCCCAGGGCAAGGAGAUUGGCUCCAUCUUGCUUUACCUCGGCUCCCGACAUAAGCGCGAGGAGUACCUGUACGGCGAGGAGUGGGAGGCCUACCUGGAUGCGGGUGUUGUCACGCUCAUCGGCUCAGCCUUCUCGCGUGAUCAGCCCCAGAAGAUCUACAUCCAGGACCGCAUGCGCCAGACAGUCAAGGAUAUUGUCAAUGCCUACAUCAAGGAGGAGGGAAGCUUCUACCUUUGCGGUCCUACAUGGCCCGUUCCCGAUGUCACGGCUGUGCUCGAGGAGGCUAUCGAGCUCGAGGCUAAGGGCAACGGUGUCAGGAAGGUUGACCCGAAGAAGGAGAUCGAGAAGCUUAAGGAGGCUGGACGUUAUGUUCUCGAGGUUUACUAA